GUUCGGUUUUGCAUGGAUUUUCCAGUAAUUGGUAUCUUUUGCAGCUAUGUUUCACCGAAGUAGCCGUACUAUGGUAUUGUACAUUGCACCAUUGCAUCGUAGCAAACAUAGCUCGAUAGUCGGCGUUCGGUUGUAAACGGCGUGAUGUAGAGAAGUGUUGCCGUUCCUAACGAACACUUUUUGUUUUGCUAUUUUUUUCCCCCUGCUUCUGUGGACAUCUUGUGGCACCAUGUUCCGCAACGCUUUUCAGCAUAGAUUCGUUACGGUGUUCACUAGUGCCGGUAGUAAACCGCUUUCCAUCUGGGAUGUGUCCACGAAAAAUGGCCACGCCAGACGGGUAACCGAUGAGCACAUUCGUUCGCUGGCGUUUGAGCUGACCGGUGUUAACGUUGCCACCACGUUCAUGGUGGCACCCUGCGCACCUUGCCCUUCCCUCUCAAUCAAACUUCCGUUUCUGGUGAUGUUGGUGAAAAAUAUGAAAAAAUUCUUUUCCUUCGAAAUUCAGAUUUUGGAUGAUAGACAAUCGCUUCGACGGUUACGCUUCUCCAACUAUCAAAGUGGGACACGGGUGGAUAACUUCAGCACCUCGAUGCCACUGUCCUUGACCCCGGGCUGGAAUCAUAUACAGUUCAACUUGGCCGAUUUUACGCGACGAGCGUACGGUACGAACUACGUCGAGACGGUCCGGCUGCAGAUACACGCCAACGUGCGCAUCAAGCGCAUUUACUUCUGUGAUCAACUUUACACGAACGAUGAGACACCGCCCGAGUUGAGGCUGUUCCCACCGGUUCGGCCAAAUCGGAUGAUGCAGCUGAAGAUGCAGCAGAAACCACAAGCGAAAAUUCCUCACGAGCCAAUCGAGACGGUACGGCCUCCGACGCCAAUAGAUAAUGCUGAUGUUGCGAAUCAGUUGGAGAAUGAGCUUGUUGCCACUGCCCAGUGCGCUGUUGGAACAGAACUCUAAAUUGUCGUUGUAAAAAGUUAGGCCAAGCACUGCAAUAAUAUGUUUAUUUAGAUUGUUUAUUUUAAAUUGAUCGUUGGAAAACUAUACGUUUAAAUUCGCACAGGCCAUUGCUUGCGAUCAAUCAGUGCUGGAGAGAUAGGUUCGUAAUAAAGGCGGAGAAUGUUCAGUACUGUACUUCAAUGAUUCGAGUUUUUUGAUCGGCUUUUCAAAAGUAAUUCAUGAGCCCUUUUCGUUGUUUGCAUUAUACUACGUUGAGCUUGAACUAAUCGUAUCGGCGCCACCACAUGAAACACGUGCUUCGUACAGAUUUAGCAAAUGCGCGAUAGCACAUGCUAUUGCCGCUGCUACAUUUUGCUAUCUUUUGACAUUGAUGCCACCGAAAUGACGUUUUGCUCCACAGACGGCGCUAUCCCCAAACGUCACUUUCCUACGACAAUUGUCAAUUCAUAAUUUGCGUUGAAAUUUCCUCUUGGAAGCAACUCAAUUUAUAGUGUUUAACGUCGAAUUAAAUCGUCU